AUGCCUUCAGCGGAUAAUAAUGAUGUCAAAAUAAUGAACAAAUCCAUAGUCUGUGAAGACAGUACGCUACGAGGUGACAUCACCAUUUCCCAAGGAUGUGUCAUACAUCCCAGUGCCUCAAUAUUGGCCGAAGCGGGACCCAUAAUAUUGGGUGAAAAUUGUAUUGUUGAGGAAUAUGCAACAAUUGCCUACCGUUUGAGCGACGAGCAGAAGCGUCAAAAGGAAACGGGUAACUUUGAACCUGCCCCACCUUUAGUGAUUGGUUCAAAUAACGUCUUCGAAGUUGGUUGCGUGGUAGAGGCUCAAAAAAUCGGCGAUAAAAAUGUAUUCGAAUGUAAAAGUUAUGUUGGCCCCGAAGUGGUGGUUACAAAUGGUUGUGUGGUCGGUGCUGCGGUUAGUUUAAAAUGUAAACAAGUGCUGCCCGAGAGUACUGUGAUCUAUGGUCGUGAUUGUCAGCAGCGGGAGGCAAUUGAUAAAUAUGCGUACCAAACCUUACAAAUCGAUUUUCUCCGAAAAGUCCUGCCCAACUAUCACCAUCUGAGGAAACCCAAUCAGGAUCCCAAAAAGACACGUUCCGUUGUUUAAGCUUAAUAUUAAAUUUAUAAACCUAUUUAUUUA